AUGUCUCGCUAUCUCAUGCUCGGAACCGCCCUUCUGGCUUCCAACGUUGCCGCCCAUGGCUACCUGAAUACGUUCACCCUCGACGGCACCGACUACGAGGGGUUCAGCCGCUGGAACCCCUCCCCCGACCCCAACGCCAUCGGAUGGCGCUUCAGCACCGAGGAUGAGGGUCCUGAGAUGGAUAUCUCGUCUCCCGACUUUGUCUGCCGCAGGGACGCCGAGGCUUCGAAGAACUACGGCCAGAUCGCUGCUGGUAGCACUGCCUCUUUCUUCUGGACUUCUGAUGACAAGGUGAUCAACCCCAACGGCUGGGCUGAGUCUCACCGUGGUCCUGUCAUCACUUACAUUGCGCCCUGUAACGGUGACUGCGCUUCAGUUGAUAAGACGCAGCUGAAGUGGACCAAGAUCGCUGAAGAGGGCGUUGUCUCUGGACCUGCCAAUGCGGAUGGUGUCUGGGCAACUGACAAGCUCCGCGAGAACGGCGGCAUUAACUCUGCGACUAUUCCAUCCUCGAUCGCUCCUGGAAAAUACGUUAUUCGCAAUGAGCUCAUCGCACUUCACCGCGCGCAUCUUUCCGAGCCCGAGUUCUACAUGCAGUGCGGUAACAUUGAGGUUACCGGCUCGGGUACUGACGACCUGUCUGCUUCCGGCGUUGUUGCUUCUCAGCUUUACAGCGCCUCUGAUAAGCAGAUCUUUGGUUUCUCUGUCUAUGAUAACCAGGGCGAUAACUGGAAGAUCCCAGGCCCUGCUCUGUACCAGGGUGCUCAGGCUAAGCGAUCCAAGGUUGCGGUCAAGUACCGUGUUUAA